GAACUAACAAAUAAAUAAAAUAACAUGUAUACUUAUAUGAUAUAUCGAACCUUACCAAGCAUCUCCCCUCAUCAGACAUGGCCGGAGAAGCAGAUCAAGAUCCUGAAGCAACUCCGUCGUCACCGGAUUAUAAGCCUUUACCUUCUUCUAUAAACGAUCGAAACGGCGCCGUUCUGAUAUCACAUAUUUCCUCGACUAGACGUAGUCGUUUCAUCGUCUCUAUAUUUCUCAUAUCUUUUGCUUCCAUCCUCAUCUACAUCUUCUGGCCGUCAGAUCCACGCAUCAAAAUCGAACGGGUCAAAGUUUCCCACGUGCACGUCCACCGUCGACCGGUGCCGUCUAUAGACAUGACGAUGCUCGUUACGCUAAAGGUAUCCAAUGCUGACGUGUACUCUUUUGACUUCACGGCGCUUGACGUUGCGAUUGGUUACAGAGGGAAGACGUUGGGUCACGUGAAUUCGGAUGGUGGGCACGUGAGGGCUAUGGGUUCGUCUUACCUGGAAGCGGAGACGCAGCUCGACGGCGUCACGGUGUUUGCUGACGUCAUUAACCUGAUUCACGAUUUGGCUAAAGGCUCCAUCGAAUUUGACACCGUUACCGAGACUAACGGAAAACUUGGCGUUUUGUUCUUCAGUUUCCCUUUAAAGGCGAAAGUGGCAUGUGGGAUUCUAGUAAAUACAGUUAAUCAGACAAUUUCUCGUCAGAGCUGUAGACCUGCCUGAUUUAAGUGAUAUCAUCUGCUAUUUUG